AAUUGUUUAACAAGGCACUCGGAGGAGAGGGUCGAUCAUUUCAAUUUUGACCUUCUCCAUUGAGCAUUGAGGAAACACAUUGCCAAAAGUUUCCAAAAUGGAAGAGAAUAAGAAGGGCAAGAACAUGGCCGUCCUUGGCGUGUGCUCGUUGAUCUUGGUCGCGAUGGUUGUCGCUCUUACCAUCGGAAGCCAAGAUUCUGAACCCGAAAAUUCGGGUCAAGAUGGUAUCACUGCCUCUCGUAAAGCCAUUCAAGCCGUGUGCCAACCGACUACGUAUAAAGAAACGUGUGUGAAAAGCCUAUUUGCUUCAAAUGCGACACAAUCUACCGAUCCUAGAGACCUUAUUCAAGUGGCAUUCAAUGUCACGAUCAAAGACAUUCGUGAUUCGAUAAAGAAUUCAAGCCUUUUCCUGAAUCUCAAGGAUGAUCCAAGAUCAAAAGCGGCAUUGGAGAAUUGUGAAGACCUGGCCAACCAGGCUAUAGAAGAUCUUCGAAGGACUCUUGCAAAGUUUAAGGACUUCAACUUGUUGAAUUUGGAUAAUUGGUUGGACGACUUGAAGACUUGGCUCAGCGGAUCUCUCACGUAUCAAGAAACAUGCUUGAGCGGAUUUCAAGAAAUCCCAGGAAACGAAGAGAAACGAAUGAGGGAGCUUCUAACGAAAUCCAUGCAAAUGACCAGCAAUGCCCUUGCUAUGGUCAAAGAAAUCUCCUCGCUUAUCACCGAGGAUGAAGCCGAGUCUCUCACCAAUGAAAUGAGCAGACGCCGUCUUCUCUCAAGUAACAAGGAAAAAUUCCCAGAAUGGGUGACCCCCGGAAGGCGCGGGCUUCUCGCGGCCAAUCUAAGCAAGGUGAAACCAAACCUCAUUGUCGCCAAGGACGGAUCCGGAAAUUACAUGAGCAUAAACGACGCCUUGAAAAAUAUACCAACAAAAAGCGACGAGACAUUCGUUCUCUACAUCAAAGAGGGCGUUUACGAAGAGCAAGUCACCGUUUACCGUAACAUCACCCAUCUCACCAUGAUAGGCGACGGUUCGAACAAGACAAGAAUCACUGGAUGGUUGAAUUUCAUCGACGGGAUUUCCACCUUUCACACCGCUACCGUUGGUGAGUACUAGGAAGUAGGAAUACUUUAUUCAUUAA